UCUAAGGAAGUCAAUUAACCGAACGACACCGUCUCAUAUUCUCCCCCAAAUAUUUGACAUCCACAACACAAGCUUUCUCACAAUCAAAUCCCUAAAAAUUUCAAAUCAGACCACCCAAGAUCAAAUCGAAGAUGGUGAAAGUGAGCACUUUCUUUGGAAUGUCAGUGGGUGCAUUUCUUUUCUGGGAAACCAUGGACAAAAUCCACGUCUAUAUUGCCCUUCGUCAAGAUGAAAAGAAAGAAAGAAUGGAGAAGGAAGAUGAGAUCAGGAGAGUGAGACAAGAGCUACUGCAACAAGCAAAAGAAAAGGAUUCCUAUGCCUAAUUUGAUCAACCGCUUAUGGCAUUCUUGUGAACUUUCUGUUUCAGCUUUUACUUUUUCAUAAAUCGUUCUGGUCACAGACUCUCGUGCCAGAAUUCAUAAAUAUGAAAUUUGUACCAAAUGAUAAAUAGAAUUGUCAUUAAUGAAUUUGUAUGAUGAUUAACUGCAUCGUUCCUUGUCAUUGGUUCAUAUGUUUAGGGACGCAGUUUUUGGUGUGUGUACUCAUUUUUAAUAUGAAUUGUGGAUUUGAUUCGGAAA